GAGACCCGUGGAAGAUGUCGAGCCCGAGAAACGGCGACACCAAGCCCCCAUGUUUGCCCCGCAAUGGACUGGUGAAGAUCCCCACCCAAGCCAACGGCCUCGGCUCCGCCAGCAUCACCAAAGGCACCCCCGCCGUCAAGAACCGCCUGUGCCAGCCUUCCUCCGUGCCUGCCAUCCUCAGCCCGGCCUUAGCCCAGCACAGCGACCUGCCCAUCCCCAGCCUGGCCUCCCCGCUCUCCUUGGCCGCUCUGGGCGGCGUCUCCUCCCCUCCCGGCGCGCCCCUGGCGGGACUGAGCGCGGGCGCAGGCUCGGAGCAGCCCUGCCCGGAGCGGGUUCCCGGCUCGCCCGCGGAGAGGCAGCUGGCGGUGGACGAGAAGAUCCUCAACCGCCUGUUCUGGUACUUUUCGGCGUGCGAGAAGUGCGUCCUGGCGCAGGUGUGCAAGGCCUGGCGCCGGGUGCUCUACCAGCCCAAGUUCUGGGUGGGCCUGACCCCCGUCCUGCACACCAAGGAGCUCUACAACGUCCUGCCCGGCGGGGAGAAGGAGUUCGUCAGCCUGCAGGGCUUCGCCGUGCGCGGCUUCGAGGGCUUCUGCCUGGUGGGGGUCUCUGACCUGGACAUUUGCGAGUUCAUUGACAACUAUCCCCUCUCCAAGAAGGGAGUCAAGUCCAUGAGCCUUAAGAGGUCGACCAUCACGGAUGCGGGGCUGGAGGUGAUGCUGGAGCAGAUGCAGGGCGUGGUGAGGCUGGAGCUGUCCGGCUGCAACGACUUCACGGAGGCAGGGCUGUGGUCCAGCCUGAACGCUCGCAUCACGGCGCUGAGCGUCAGCGACUGCAUCAACGUGGCCGACGAUGCCAUCGCUGCCAUCUCGCAGCUGCUGCCCAACCUGGCCGAGCUCAACCUGCAGGCUUACCACGUCACGGACACGGCCCUGGCGUACUUCACGGCCAAGCAGGGCUACACCACCCACACCCUGCGCCUCAACUCCUGCUGGGAGAUCACCAACCACGGCGUGGUCAACAUGGUGCACAGCCUGCCCAACCUGAGCGUGCUCAGCCUCUCCGGCUGCUCCAAGGUCACCGACGACGGCGUGGAGCUGGUGGCCGAGAACCUGCGGAAGCUGCGCAGCCUCGACCUGUCCUGGUGCCCGCGGAUCACCGACAUGGCCCUGGAGUACAUCGCCUGCGACCUGCACAAGCUGGAGGAGCUGGUGCUCGACAGGUGUGUGCGGAUCACCGACACCGGCCUCAGCUACCUGUCCACCAUGUCCUCCCUGCGGAGCCUCUACCUGCGCUGGUGCUGCCAGGUGCAGGAUUUUGGCCUGAAGCAUCUCCUGGGCAUGGGCAGCCUGAGGCUCCUCUCGCUGGCCGGUUGCCCCUUGCUGACCACCACGGGGCUGUCCGGGCUGGUGCAGCUGCAGGAGCUGGAGGAGCUGGAGCUCACCAACUGCCCCGGGGCCACCCCGGAGCUCUUCAAGUACUUCUCGCAGCACCUCCCGUGCUGCAUGGUGAUCGAAUAGGGCCGGCCCCGGCCCCGGCCCCGGCCCCGGCCCCGCUCCCGUCCCACCGCCG